GUCAAAACAAGUUUUCGCUCGCAUUUGCAGUCUUUAUUUUUCUUAUUUUUGCGUUGAUAAACAAAGGUUACUUCAUUAAUGUGUAAUGAGUUUUCUUUUUAAUUGUAAUUCGGUUUAUGUUUCAAUGUAGUGCUUGUGAAAAUCACUUUUUUAUCUGUAUUGCGUCGUGUUGUUUAACAUGGAUGGAAAUUCAGAAUUCAUUGCGAAUUUUGAGAGUUUACUAAGACAAAAGAGCAGUAAAAACCCUCCAAUACUGUACAGAAACACAAGAAAAGAAAAUACACUUAAUUUUAAACCGAUACAGACUAUAACAGCUAAAGAUGUGAUAAUGAACGUAGCUAAGCAAUUGAAAGCGACACAAAACGCCGAUUGCAUGAAAACUGGUAAAAAGUCUGUUUUAAAUAAAAAUCGAUACAAGAAAUCGACUUUUGUACCUGUAAAUAUGUUGAGGGAAGAGGAGCUACCUCUCAAAAAAUCCAAGUUUGAUACUCAGCCAGUAUCCGAUACACAAUUGAUCAACAUUGUUCAAGAUGCAGAAGCUCUGGACGGACCAAGUGGCAUGACGCAAGAGUUUGACACUUCAUUCUGCCAUAGCCAUACUGAAGAUGGAGGACAAACACUCCAACAACAUUACAAAACAGACAAAAAUCCAAUAUUUCCUGUUCUCGACAUCACAUUGAAAGAGCCUGACCGUAACUCAAGGCUAGACCACAUAAAUUCAUCUCCUCUAGAACCUAAUACCGUUGUUAACACCCAAAAUGUUGAUAUCGCAACUGAAAACGAAGAUACGGUACUCAAACUAGACACACAAAUCGAAAACUGUACUCAACUUUUAAAUGAUUGUGUUGAAAUAGAAAACCAACUAGAUGUUCCCAUGCAAGACACCUCAAUACAUGAACCUUUAAGUCCAAUUUUUUGUGUAAAAUCUAAGAAAAUUUCGAACACCUCGUCUGCUUUAGUAUUCAAUCUCGAAUCUUUCGAGAAAUUCGAAGCUCUCGCGCAACCAGUCAUUGAAGAAACUUCUGACCCAGUAAUUGCGAGAAAAAUGAUCAAUUCUCAAAUUCUCGGCAAAGAAUUGUUCAUACAGGCUGAUUUCGAGCCUACUGUCAACAGAGUUGAUCAAAUAAGUCCCAUCAUUGAGUUGAGUAACGAAGUGUUAAAGGUGGAUAAAGAGUUUCUUAACAAAAACUCUUUGAAGGCUACCCUCGAAAGUGCCAAAGAAGAUGCAGAAGAUACAAAAGAAAAAGGAGGAACAGAGAGCGAGAAAGAAGUCUUUAAAGACGAAAUUCUUUUCAGCAGUGAUGAGGAAGGCGAUUAUGUUUACAAAUCAUACCAAGACCUGCCAUUUACUUGUGCCUUAGAAACCUCUUUCUACGAUCAUAUUGAUGUCUUGGACAAGACAAUGUUCGUAGGCUUCCAGACAGCGAGCAACAAAUGUAUUCAGAUAAAUUCAGAAUCUUUUUCAAAAGCCAAAGGCUUGUUUGUUGAUAUAGAUGAAGAUGUAAAGAAAGAAGCUACUGUGACAGAUUUAGUUAAGAUUUGUGAUACUAAUUUUAGUGUGGAUGAUAAUGGUAAUAAUAAUACAGAGAAACUUGAAGUCGGUGCUGCUAGCGACAUUAAAGUUGAAGAGGAUGUGUUACCAAGUAACAAUCCUGUAGAAAUUGUGAAAGAUUGUAAAGGACUAAAAGAGACAGAUAAGUUUAAUGUUAUUAAUGAAAAUACGGAAGAUCUAUUUGCAGAUGAUGAUUAUUGUGAUAUGUUAAGUGUACAUUUUGAUGAAAAGAAUAAAGAUAAAACAGACAAUGUACAACUUGUUAAAGAAGAAAACCUCGCCUAUUCUGUGCCUGUAAAACAGGACAAAAAAUUCGAAGGGUUCAAGACAGCUAAUAAUAAAAUAAUUCCACUUUCAGAAAAAGCACUGGAACGAACGAAAACAAUAUUCCAAGAUAUUAUUAUCGAUGAAAAUGUGCAAUUUAAAUCUAUUGCUAACAACGAAGUAACGAACGUAAAACCAAAACUAGCUACAAAGAUUGAGAAAGAAGAAAAAAGCAUUUUUAGCGACGAAGAAGACAUUAUAUUUGAAGAAUAUAAUCAAAACGAACAUCUCAAUGAAAUUACUAAAAUGGACGAUGAAAUAUUUCAAGAGUUUGAAAACGAAAUGGGACAUGAGGAACAAACAGAUACAAAAAAAGAAGAGAAAGCACCUGAAUUUGUCGGUUUUAAAACUGCAAACAAUAAAAAUAUGAAAAUAUCGGAUGCGGCAUUAGCUAAAACUAAGAAUAUUUUUCAAGAUAUUGAUUUAAACGAUAAAUUCGAUAUUAAAAGUAAAGAUACUGAUUCGAAACCUGCAGAAGAAAUGCUUCUGUAUCCGACGACUGGACUUGAAACAGUUGAUAAUAAUAAAUCUAACAAACAUGUUGAGCUAAACCUAGAAAAUGUGGGUUUUAAAACUGCUAGCAAUAAGAACAUUGAGAUAUCUAGAAAGGCAUUGUCUAAAAUUAAGAAGAUUUUUAGUGAUAUUGAAUUCACGGAUGAUUUUAAAUUAACUGAUAUUCCUAAUUCAGUUAUUGAUGUCAAUGAUGAAGAUGAAGCUAGAGAAGUACAAAAAAAAUCUCACCACGAUGAUCAACUAUCAAGAAGUAAUAGUUACGCUGGCUUCCGGACUGCAAGCAAUAAAGAUAUAAAAAUUACAGAACAGGCGCUUUUGAAAACAAAAAAUAUUUUCCAAGAUAUUCAUUUAGAAAAUGACAAGUCUAAUAGUAGAAAAGUAUCUAUUGAUUCUAUAAAACCUGUUGAAAAAGUCGACAGCAAAGAGAUUGCAUUUCCUGGAUUUAAAACUGCAAGCAACGAAAAAGUUUCUAUAUCAGCUAAUGCACUUGUUAAAAGUAAAAAAGUUUUCAGUGAUAUAGAAAAUUUAAACACUUUUGAUGAAAACGAAAAUAAGGAUGACGAAACCGAACCUCCUUUUUAUGGCUUUGAACAAGCUGAGAACGAUGUUGCAAAUAUUGAAACAGCUUUGGCUAAAAGCCAGGUCAUACUUGAAAAAAUUGGUUAUCACGAUGUUUUGAGUAAUCCUAGCCUUAGCAAAGUGUCUAGUGACGUCAUAAUUAGCGAUCAUGUGCAAAUAAAUCAAGGGUUCCAAGCGGCAAGUGACAAACCCGUUACAGUAUCAGCAGAAGCUGUAGAAAAAGCUAAAAAUAUGUUUAAAGAUAUAGAUACAACGAAAACGGAUAAAUCUAUUUCAGGAAGUGAAGCUAAUAUUGACAAUAAGAAUUCAGUGUCAAAUUUUGGAGAUUUCAAGACGGCUAGUAAUAAAGACGUGACAGUAUCUAUGGCGGCUUUGGAAAAAAGUAAAAAGAUAUUUCACGAUAUUGAUAAGGAUGAUAACAGCGACAUCUACUUAGAAAAAGGAGGUAUUUUAAAAGAACCAGAAUUCAAAGGUUUCAUUACAGCCAGCAACAAAAAUGUGAAGAUAUCUAAAGAAUCUCUAGUUAAAAGCAGAAAGUUAAUGCAAGAUAUUGAUGAACAGAAAGAUAAAACACAAAGCCAGAGUGCAGAUUCUAUUCCAACGUUCAGGGGUUUUCAAACAGCGAGUAAUAAAAAAGUUAAAAUAUCUGAAGAAGCUCUCGCUAAAAGUCGAGAGUUGUUUCAAGACAUUGAUAAGCAAACACCGAUUGACAUAAGUCUCAAUCAUCCUGAAAAAUCGAAUGUGUUUCCAGCAUUAAAGAGCUUUCAAACUGCUAACAACAAACAAGUAAAGGUUUCUAAAGAAGCUCUGGCGAAAAGUAUAAAGAUCUUUCAAAAUAUUGAUCUAAAAGCACCUGAAGAUAUGAAUAAUGAUUCUAUUCCACAAUUCAAAGGAUUUCAAACUGCUAGUAACAAAGAAGUAAGAAUUUCAGAAAAAGCACUCGCUAAAAGUAAAAAGAUCUUUCAAGACAUUGAUGAAAAGGAGUUAGUUGACAUAACUGAAACACAUUUAGGAAAUAUAAAUGAGGUUCCUACAUUUAAAGGCUUCCAAACUGCCAGUAACAAGAAAGUCAAAGUAUCCGAAGAAGCUCUAGCUAAUAGUAAAAAGAUGUUUCAAGAUAUAGCCGAGGAGAAAGUAGGAAAUAAAGAUGCAGAUUCUAUUCCACAAUUCAAAGGUUUCCAAACGGCUAAUAACAAACAAGUUAAGGUAUCCAAGGAAGCUCUUGCUAGAAGUAAAAAGAUCUUUCUAGAUGUAAGUGAAGAUACUGUUGAAAAAAGUGAUCUUAAUAUUAAAAGGCCAUCUUUCAAAGGUUUUCAUACGGCAAGUAAUAAACAAGUACAAAUCUCUGGCACUGCUCUGAUUCGAAGCAGAAAAAUAUUCGAAAACCUCGAUUUGGACGUACCUAUAGUAAACGAAGAGUUUAAUGAACAUUCUAUAGCAAAUGAAAACAUUCUAAAGAAUAAAAAUAUCGGUUUUAGAACAGGUAAUCACAAUAAAAUUGCGAUAUCUAAAGAAGCAUUAAUAAACUCUCGAAAACUAUUUUCUGAACUUGACAAUUCUUAUAAUAAAAAUCCUAAAAUGGGUAAAGAAAUGUAUAAAUCAGAACUGGCUACAAAAGCGGGUAUCAAGAGUAACAACGAAAGACAUAAUUCUGUCAAAGAAGAUCACGAUGUUGCUAAAACUACUGUCAAUAAAGAUACGGACAAUAUAGAUAGCAUAAUCAACACACAAGUAUUGAAUAACUUCGAAAUGACUUUAAACACUGAAGAUUUCUUGAAAGAGGAAACUCCAAAGAAAUCGAAAAGGUCAGGAAGUCCCAUCCUUUCAUGUCCAAAAGCAAAGAGGCGGAAAGUGUUCCAAACUCCUUACAGCCAGAAAAUCAAAGAAGAAAAAGACGUUCAAUUCAAACCUCCAAAAGCAUCACCAUCGAACGUUUUCAAAUUCGAUGCAAAUUACAAAAAAACAAAGAUGUACACUUUGAAAGACUUAGAAAAUCUCGAAAAGGAAUCCUUAAAUCCUGACGAAACAGAUUCCUACAUUUCGAAUUUUAAAUUCGAAAACUUACUUUCUUUCGAAUUUUUCGGGAAACGGAAUGACUUAGACAGAUCAACUAUUACUAUAACUGACUUGAAAAAGCUCUUCUUGGAUUCAGUCAACAAGAAAUUAGUACCAGAAGGUUGGCUAGACAUACAUUUAAAACUAAUAAUAUUCAAAUUACUUUCGUACGAGUUGAAAUUUCCAAAGACUAUGAACUUCGUGUGUACUGCCAGGAACGUCAUAGAGCAACUAAAAUACAGAUAUGACAAGGAAUUGUAUAAUGCUGAGAGAUCAGCGCUAAGGAAGAUUAUGGAAAAAGAUGACAUCGCAAUGAAGACUUUAGUUCUUUGCGUUGUUGAUGUAUAUUUAGACAAAUCUGCUAGCAGCACUACCAACAUACCGAACACAGAGCUGCUUCUUUCGGACGGUUGGUACUGCAUCAGGGCGGUAACAGAUAGAAUGUUGGCCAAAUUGGUACAUGAUGACAAAAUCAGGAUUGGCACGAAAUUGGUCACACAUGGAGCUGAGUUGGUUGGAUCCGAGCAGGCGGUUUCUCCCUGGGAGGAUACUGCAUCAAUCCGUCUGAAACUCUCCGGCAAUUCGACGCGGCGCGCGCACUGGCACGCCCGCCUCGGUUACCAUGGCAACGGCGCCAUCUUGUCGCAGCUGUCAAACGUGGCGCAAGAUGGCGGGAAAGUGUCAAAGUUGCGAGUCUAUGUGACCAGAGUGUAUCCUGCAUUGUAUAUUGAGAAGUUUGAGGAUGGUAGUACUGUUACCCGGUCAGAACGUCUAGAGACUUUGCAUCAAAUGAGAUAUGAGACGGACAAACAGAUGCAGCUUGAGAAGAUUUACGAAGAAGUUGAGAAGGAGAUUUAUGAUCAGGACUCCCAAGAUUCCGAAGGCUCAGUACCAUCAGGCAGCAAGAGGAAAUGUCUAGACUCCGGUUCUCAGAUAGCCAAGAUGAUGAAGAGGAGCAGAGAUCCUGCCGAGUUUAGGUCCAACUUAACGUCGUCACAAACCGACCUCCUAGUAGAGCACACGUCGAGACAACGCGAGAGACAACUCCAAUCCAUACAGAACAAGGUGCAAGAUAGACUGGCUAAAUCCGGCCUGAAUGUUGGCAGGAAUGUCGUGUCGCUAUUGAAGAUCAGAGUCGCAGGAGUUGAGGAGAGAGAAGACACUGUUGUUGUUAGUAGAGGGAUGUUGUCAAUAUGGAAGCCAAAUGAUGCCGUAACAGAGAUGAUCAGAGAGGGAACAUGGCUUGAAGUUAUUAAUGUCAUGCCUACUGCUGUCAGGUAUGCCGAAAUCCAACUUUCUGCCGGUCGCCAAUCUGUUUUCAGCCAGUUGAAAUACAAAGAAACCGAAAAAAUAAAACCAUAUUUAACGUCACUUAAAAGAACCUGCUACCCUAUAAAAGACCUAAUCAGAAAUCCUGGGAUGACCACAGACUAUAACGAAGUCGAUACCGCCGGAAUAAUAUUCGAAAUCGAUCCAUCGAUCAAGGAGUUCGAUUUGAAAAAGCAUCAAUUUCAAAACGUGCAUUUGACAGAUGGCGAGAUGAAUAUAAUCUGUGUUAACUUCUGGGGCGGUUUAAAAAAGUUCGGUUUCGAUGUUUUGGAUACUGGGCAAGUAGUUGCUGCUAUGAAUUUGCAGAAACGGGCUGGGAACUCUAGAAAAAAUAUUCCCCAUUAUAGGGUGACUGAGUUCUCUUACUUCACAAAGACACCUAAAAACGAAAAUGCAAGAAAAAUCGUCGACGAAUUGAGCAAAACAUUCUAUAGUUUAGACAAAAAAAAGUUUAUAAAUGACUGCAUUAAUACGAAGAAUAACUACUCUAUUAAAUUACAGAGUAAUGAGAAUAUAUCGCCAUACAGAUUCCCAAAUAUGGACUUAAAUUUGACAAAGAAUAAAAUGUUUUUAGAUUCGCCCUUGGCGCAGAAAAGUAAUCGAAUCGAUGAGAAUGUUAACCUUACAGGGUUGGACUUCGAGUCCACUUUUAAACAGACAGACACGCAAGAAUUGUCGCCAAAAACUCUAAUGAGGAAGAAGCAAGUUAAAGAAAAAAUUGCGAAGUUAAAAAGAUAUGGCGAACCGCCUCAGCUAAGCCCCAUGCAUAUCAUAAACAAAUCUAAUAUGGCGUUCAAAAGCCCGCUAAUUUCGAAAUCUGACGUUUCUAACAGUGUUGCCAGUGAAAAGAAAAUCCUACUAAAUCGUGAAAACUCAAUGACUGAUGAAGAAAUUAGUUGCAGCCCAGUGAUUUGUAUGAAUAGGACUUAUGUUAAAAGAGCAAACGUUAAUCCUGUGAAACUAAAUUUUUCUUCCAAUGGUGCCAUGAAUGAGACCAGUUUAAGUGAGGUUGUUGAUGAGUUUGCUGAAGAAUUUGACGGAAGUCCGCCUUUAAGUUUAGAUUAAGUUUGUAUAUUUGCUAAGUAGAUGAGGUGUUAGUGACAUCGUAACAAAUACUUAGGGGGAUGACUCAGACCAUGAUUCCAAGUUAAUAUCAAGUGGAAUUUUCCGUCGCAAAAUUCGUGAUUUAUUUUUAGUAUUUUUAAAUUAUUUUCAAUUCUAUACUUUUGCGAUGGAAAAUUCCACUUGAUAUUAACUGAGAAUAAUGAGAUGAAUCAUCCCUCUCAGUAUUCGUUACGAUGUCACUUACACCCCAUACAAGUACAUACAAGCAGCCAUACAAGUAGAUAUGGGUGUUAGUGACUCCGUAACGAAUACUGAGCGGGAUGGUUGAGACCACGAUUCUGAGUUCAUAUCAAGUGGAAUGUUGUCCUGUCGGAAAAUUCAUGAUUUUUUUUUUCUAUUCCAUACUUUUGCGACGGAAAAUUUCAUUUGAUAUCAACCCAGAAUCAUGGUCUGAACCAUCACACAAAGUUUUCGUUACAAUGUCACUAACACCCUGUAUGUCGUAAACUUAUGUAAGUUCUAACUGUAUAUUUGAGAAAAGACCGAAGAUUCUGCCAUAUUUCAUAUUGCCUGAAAAUUCAAUGGUCUAUGCUUGGCCCCGGAGAGAAAUAAUCGUUAGUUUAUGUAUGUAUGUGUAUGUAAAUAGUUUUGCUGAGCGCUGCUGGUGACUUCGACGGAUCCCAGGUCAAGAGACGCUGGUCAAGGGUUAGCAUCACCAACGGUUACAGCAAUAUCUUGUACCCACAUUAGAACCUUGUCGCAUUAAAAUAUUUGACAUUUAGUGAGAUUAGAAGUUGGAUUUGUCAAAAAGUUAAUGUGAUAAGGUUCUAUAUUGGGUACAAGAAGUUAUUCCUAUAAGUUUCAAAUUAUAUCGUAUAAGUUGUUAUGUUUAAUAAUCGUCCAGUGCCUAAUAAUAAUUAUCGUAAAAUCGUUAUAAAGUUGAUUAUUUAUGUAAAGUUUGUAAAUUGUAUAAAAAAUACAUAUAUAUUAUUCCAUAAA